UUCGGCGAUCUUUUUCGACCAGAGUCUUCGGGUGGAGGGUUGAAGGAGGAUAAAGUUGACGAAGAGCAUCAGUCCCUGGUAGGGCGCGGUGAAGCAGAACAAGUAGGACCAGACGAGGUGCGCGUUUUCGGUGAUCAUCAUGCCGAACAUCCAGGAUAGUCCGAGCUGGAAGAACAGCAGCACCAGCAGGCGAAGUUGGAGCAGGGCCAUGUUUUUGUUGGUUGAUCGUGUCAGGUUGUCCGGGGCUCGGGACACGUGGUACAUGAUCAGAAGGAAGCAAGCCAGGUUGACGAUCAUCAUGGGGUGUCGCCACCACAUCCCCCUACUGGUAGCGAUACUGGCCAUCGCCACGCCGGCACUUUCAUGGCGCGAGUACCGCAUCCGCCGCAGCACAGACCUGUCCGCGACGAACCCGCUCAUCCCGGACGCCAAGCUACCGACCGACCUCGUUCCCCUGAACUACAGCCUGCGGAUCGAGCUGAACGCCGCCCAGCUGGCGUUCCACGGCGCCGUCAACAUCACGAUGACCUGCGCCAAGCGAACCAACCAGAUCAACCUGCACGCCCACCACGAUCUGCAGGUGGACGAGGUCAACCUGGAGGUCGUGCAGCACAACGUGGGCGGCGUGGAGGGAGCGUCCGCGAUCGUGAAGAUCCGCCGCGUCGAUCGCGUCCCGAAGAAGCCGCUGCUGGUGGUGUACUUCCACGAUGACUUUGCCGCGGGAGGGUUGUACGAGGCGCGGAUCCACUUCAAGGGUCAGAUUUGGGAGAAUACGGAGGGGUUGUUCCAGGGCAAGUACAAGAACUCCGAAGGGGAGUACAUGCAGGAGCAUUCGUACUUUGCGACGUACUUCCGGCCGCAUUUGGCGCGUCGGGUGUUUCCUUGCUUUGACGAACCCGCGUACAAGGUUCCGUUCCAGGUGACGAUCGUGCGACCCAAGGGAUACCAUACGUUGUUUAAUACGCCCCUCGAGCGGACUGAAGCCGUUGACGAUCAGUUUGAGGCGGAUCACUUCAAGGUGACUCCGGCGAUGUCCACGUUUGCGCUGGGAUUCGUCGUGUCCGAGCUGUCGGAGGUGACGUACACCGUGACGGAAGGGGACUCGCAGGUCAAGCCUGUGCUUCGUAUUUGGGCUCGCAAGGACGUACACGAUCAGCUGAAGGAUGUGAAACGUAGGGUGAGGGUUGUUCUGGAGCACCUGAAUCGGUACUGGAACGAGGAGUACCCGCUGGAGAAGCUGGAUAUUGUUGCGUUGCCGAACUUUGCAUCCGUGAAGCCGGCUGACAAUUGGGGAUUGAUCUUGUUCAAGGAGAACGAAUUACAGCAAGGGUACUACGGGAUCACGCAAGAGUUGGUGUACCAAUGGCUCGGUUCGUGGAUCACGCCGCACUGGUGGAGCGAUGCCCACGUGAACAAGGCCGUAGCCGGGUUCUUGUCGGCUUCGACGGCGAUCGCGAUCGACAACGGGGUUGAGUUUGAGGGCAAGUGGCCCAUGACGAUCCUGUACUCGAUCUACUACGAGUUUAGCAAGCGGUAUCCGCACUCGCGCAUCACCGGGAUGAAGCAGGAGACCACGUGCAGUAAAACCGAGUUGGUACUGCGCAUGUUGAACUACACUUUGGGCGCUGAAACGUUCCGCAAGGGACUGCAGAAGUUUAUUGAGCAUCGAGAGUACAAGACGUUCGUCAGCAAUGAUAUCUGGGAAGCGCUUACGAAGCAGGCCCACCUGGACAACAGGUUGUGCGAAACGGCAACGGUCAACGAGAUCGCCGAGUCGUGGAUCACCAAGGAUCGCAUCCCGAUGGUCAGCGUGGUCAGGUCGUACGAAAAGCGGACAGCUACGGUCACUCAGCGGCUGUACCUGCGUGAACGACCCCACGAUGUGCCCGAACAGGACAAGAUGCUGUGGUGGAUCCCGUUGGUUGUGGUGCGUCAAGACGGGCUGAACUUUACCAACACCAGCGCCACCAAGUGGAUGAAGAAGGUCCGGGAGGUCACGCUGGAGAACCUUCCCGAUGCGAACAACUUUAUCAUUGUGAACCCGGAAGAAAUCGGACCGUUCCCGGUGAACUACGAUCAACAGAACUGGAACCUGCUGGCCGACUACCUGCAGACGGAGCAGGGUCGCUCCAAGAUUCCCGUGUACACGAGGGCUAAGCUGCUGCACGACGCGUGGAACUUGGCUUACGCUGGAGAUUUGAGCUUCGCAACGGCGUUCAACAUGACCCUCUUCAUCCAGUACGAGCGAAACCAUCUGGUGUGGAACCCGGUGUUUACCCUUAUUGACCACAUCGGACGCCACAUCGACAUGUCGGCCGUGCACAAGAAGUUCGAGAUCUACGUGCGAACCCUGCUGACGCCGCUGUACGAGGAGUUGGUCGAGAACCAGCGUGACGACGAGGAACGCUGGAAGGGCAACCUGCGCUCGCUUGCCAAGUCGUUCCUGUGCAAAGCCGGCUACAAGCCGUGCAUCGAAGAGGCCCAGAAGAUCUUCCGCAAGUGGAUGGACAGCACGGAACCGGACAUGGGAAAUCCUGUUGCCAACCAGUACAUCUGUCCGGUGUUCAAGUGGGGCACCCAGGAGGAGUGGGAGUUUGGUCUGCAGCGGGUCAUCAACUUCCCGGAGUCCCGUGUCAAGAGCGAGCGGACGUACCUGCUGAAAACGCUCGCCGGCUGUCCGAUCCAGGCGGCCAAGAUCAACCGGCUGCUCAACCUGACCAUCCUGGAGGACAACGGCAACUUCACCGACAACGACAUCAGCCUGAUCUUCAAGAUGCUGUCCGGCGGUUCCAACGGCUACAUGGCCCUGUUCAAGUUCCUGCAGCAAAACUGGGAUGUGAUCAAGGCGCGCCUAAAGGACCGCGAAAGCCUCUGGGACAACCUGAUCAACUCGGCGACGGGACUGUUCACGACCCAGGAGGGCUACGACCUGGUCUCGCAGCUGUACACCCAGCGGCAGGGCGAUUUCGGAACGGCCGAGCACAUCGUCGAGAAGAGCCUGAAGAACAUCAAGGAGGAGACCAAGUGGAGCGACGAGAACCUGCCGGUCAUUGAGAAGUGGCUCGACAACUUUCUCAGCCGGAACAAGCUGAGCGAGGAGAAGUUUAUGGUGUUUAUCGUGCUGUUGUCGCCAUCGGCACUUGCCGCCGCCGGAGCUUUUAUCACUAAUGAUCAGUGCAAACAGAGUGACGAGUUCUUGUGGAACCGGAGUGUGUCGAUAUCGGUGGACUGUGGCUGUCCGCCGCACUUUGUGGCCCUCCGGUCGAACCGGACGACGGCGUCGGAGAUGUGUGUGAUGCUGACUAAGGGGAGGGUUUGGUCCGGGGAUUUGUGUGGGAGUUCUGGGAGUGGGGAUGAUUACUACGAGUUGGCCGUUGACGAACGGAUUGUGUUGAACGAGCUGCUGAGGAAGGCCAAUGUUACCGAGUUCUGGAUAUCGGUACGGCGCGACGGGGCGUACGGACCUCCGCGGAAGAAACUGCCGGGGGUUGAUUGGGGCAGGCCGCUGAAUUUGGCCGAAGACUACGACGUGGAGUUGCAGCAGACGGCUGGAGAGUGCCUCCUGAUGGACAUUCGACUCAACUACUCCAAGGCGAGAUUCGACGAUUGCAACCGAACCUACCCCCAACUCUGCAUCUACAAGGCCAAAGAACCUCUGCUGCAACUCUACUGUGAAGACCCAACCGAACUGACCACGCGGUACAGUCACUACCAGGACACGUGCUUCAAAAUCGAGUCCACCCAAACCGUCAACCCAAACGCGUCCCUCUACGAAGUAGACAGUCAUCGCAAGUUCCAGCUCUACCACGCCCUGCACCGCCGCUCCAAACUCCAUUGUGACCACACGGUCAUCCGAUCGGCCUCAGUCUCCAAACUCCAAAAAGCCCUGGCCUCGGUAACACCCCGCGUCAGCAAGACCUCCGUCGUCGCAAUCCUCAACGACGGAACCAUGGCCCUCGUCGACACCUUCAACUGCGUAGCCUACCAGCGCCAAACCCAAAACUUCACCCAAACCCCCCAACUCAGCCUCAACUUUGACCGCGUCCACCGCCGACUCCUCCUCACCAUCACCAACGGCCGCUACCUGUUCCGCGAACGCCCCGACCGUGACCCCGGCGCAGUCUGCUUCACCGACGCCGACACCGACCUCCUGAAAAAGGUCAAAAUCCAGCGCAAGCUCUGGCCACCCCCCGGCGUACGUAACUCCGCCGACGAGUCCCAGCAAAUCUACGAGCUCAAAAUGCAGGGCGACUUCCCCGGCCAGUACUGGUGCGAGGGGCACGCCGUGCCCAACUUUACCCUUAUCAAAUCCGAGAAGAUCGUCGCGCAGAAGAAGGACGCGGACGUGCACAUCUACGCGGUACAAAUCCGGAUGAGGACGCUCGAGCGGGAUGACUUUCUUCAGAAGAGCUACCUCAAACAGUUGGUGCUCGGUUACGGGGACUACUUGGAUCAGUUUGAGGAUGUCAAGUCGGUGGUGGGACUGUUGAAGCGGAUGCAAGUGAUGCGGGUGGAGGAGGUCGAUGAGGGGAGGAAGAGGCUGACGGUGUUGAUGCACGUUGCGGUGAAGAAUAGUGAGCGGGAGCUGGAGGAUUCGAGUGGGGAGGAGGAGGAGGAUUUGACGGGAGCGCUGCCCGACGACAUCCGCAAGCACUACCGACUCAAGUUCGCCCUGACGGCGAUGUUCACGCGGACCAGCAGCUCGGAGUACCAAUUUUUGGGCAUCAACAGCACCGACGUCUGCCUACCGGAACGAUUCGACACGGACGGGUUGACGUGGCCAGCGGCCCCCAUCGGCCACACCGUAACGCCCCACCACCACCUAUGUCUGGUCGAGUCGACGGGACUGCCGUUGCGCCGAAAGUGCAUUGGAGACCGGACUUACGGAGGGGUUUGGCAGCGACUCGAAGGUGACCCGGAAAGGUGUUCACAGGCCGUCGGAGCGCAGACCUUGGCUUUGUUCAGGUAUCACUCGAACUUGGAAGGUCAUAUUGAGGAGGUGUUUGGAGAAAUUGAGCAGGUGCUGGACGACUCCGCAGUGAAUCUCAUCCCUGCGGACGUGUUCUACCUGUCCGCGACGGUUGAGAACAUCCGGACGACCUUGCUCGGGAACGACUCGAGCGAGAUCGCGGCGGCUGGGAACAAGAGCAACUCGUAUUACUGCGGAUUGGCCGGAAUCCUGAGUCGGGUCAUGGACGUGAACGCGUCGGUUGUGUUUCGAUCGCAGGCCGCCCUGAACACGACCAACAUCCUGCUGGACUCGGCGGACGCCAUCAUCAACCAGUUAUCUGUGGCCAACGGUUCAGCGGAAUUCCUGAACUCCGGAAGUAGCUUCAGCUGUCACGGUAGAAACAGUCUGGAAGCGCCUCGCAAUGGGACGUUGCUCUUUCGGACAGGCAAGCUGAUCCUGUUGGUAGCUGAUCCACAGAUCGACGACAUCUCGGGGAUCGCUCUGCUCAGGAAGAAUGACACCGAAGACGGUGACUUUGAUUCCUACGACACGAGAUUACUAACCGUCGAUGAGUCCGAACAAGACCUCCUAACCCUACCGAACCUCGAAAUAGCCGCCUUCGUGCCGCGAUCACUGCUCGAAAAGAUCGAGCAGCUCCAGUCGGGAAUGAACGAGAAUCUCAACGCAACCACCAAUGCCACCGAACCCCUCCGAGUGGUCAUCUCAAUCUACUUCAACGAUCACAUAUUCCGCGAGACCACCAACGGAACGAUCUCCCGCGCCAACAGCAAGAUCAUCAGCGUAACCAUCCCCGGCUACGGGUCGGACUUGCCCGGCGAGCUGCCGAUUUUCCUGCGCGAAGCGGACGCCAAUCAGAGCAGCGUGUGCGGCUUUUGGGACUUUGAACCCAACGGGGACGGGGUUGAAGGGUCCAAGUGGUCAUUUAGAGGUUGUACGUUCGCGGAGCAGGUCGACGAUGUUGCGCUGUGCAGGUGUUCCCACCUGACGUCGUUUUCGCGACUCUGCUCGGACGUGCAAAUCGUGGAGAACGUCUCCGUGUACCAGGUGUUUGUGGGUCAACAGAACAACACGGUUCUGACGGUGAUAUCCGCGAUCGGAUGCGCGCUAUCUCUCCUUGGGGUGGCCAUGAUCUUCGUCACCGCGAUCUUAUUCCCCUCCUGGAGAACCACAGCCAACGCGAACAUCCUACUCCAGCUUUCAUUCGCGAUCGCGUUCGAAAUGAUCAUCUUCACCUUCGACGGACCAGACAUCGACUACUCCCGCCCAGAUACCAAGAUCGGGUGCACCCUCCUGGGAGCAUCCUUCCACUACAUCAUCCUAGUAACGUUUAUGUGGAUGCUGGUGAUCGCGUACCUUCAGUUCAUGCGAUUCGUCAAGGUCCUCGGACGGUUAAGACCUUCCCAUUGCAUCCUCAAAGCCACGAUCAUCAGCUGGGGAUUCCCACUAAUCCCCGUCCUGAUCUUCGCCUCCUACGACAACACCCUCUACCACAAACGCGACAACAUCUCCGACAUUUGUUACCCACACGGUAUCGCCCUAACCUAUGGUCUCCUCCUCCCAAUCGGCCUCGUCCUCAUCGCCAACGUCGCCAGCUUCCUCCUCAUUGUCUACAACGUCUUCCGCAUCCCGGACAACCUCACCCGCUCCCUCGACAAAAGCAUGACCCUGUCCCAGCUCCGACUCUCCAUGUUCCUCUUCUUCCUGCUCGGACUGCCCUGGAUCUUCGGCAUGAUGGUGGCCGUCGGCGCCGGCAGCAUCUUCUCCUACCUGUUCUGCCUGACCGCCCCGCUACAGGGCUUCAUCAUGUUUGUGUACUUUAUCCUGAUGGAACCCACCACCAGAAGACUUUGGCUCAACAAGCUCGCCGAAAUGUUAGUGUGUGACAAUGUGAUUAUCUCAAACAACGUGCAAAUAAGAAGAAUCAGCCAAGCCAAGAUGGGUUCGGUUGAUCGGGAGGCGGAACGAAAGAUGGUGUUCAGAUACGGCGGGACUCCGGCCGAGUUUAGAAACAAUGGCAACAGCCGGGCGAACUUUGUGUUUACGCACUCGCCCGAGGAUAACAACAUUGAGUACUCGCGAAAGGGAGGCUGCUUCGUGUCGAUCUGCCGAGGGAUAAGCAUUGCGGUGUUGAUCUUUGUGUUCAUCUUUUUCAUGUCGUUUACGAUUUUCUUCAGCACCAAGUAUGCGUAUGAGCACAAACCCAACAUCACCCUCGAGGACUUCCUAAACCAUCGCGCGUACCUGAUCGACAAACGAUCGCGCAUCCCGAAGCACGUCAUCCCCAAGCACUACCGCCUGUUCCUGCAGCCGACCUUCAACGAGACGGCCACUCCGUUCACGUACAGCGGCGUCGUGUGGAUCACCGUUACGUCCAAGAAGCACAACAGCAAACGGAUCGAGCUGAACGUGAAGAACCUGAACAUCCGGAUGGAGGACGUCACGGUGCUCAAGAGCAUCCGGCUGACCAACGCGGACUUUGACGAGGAUCUGGACUGGGACUUGAGCGAGGAGGACAUUAUGACGUGGGGGCUGCACAGGAGGAAGCGUCGCCAGGUGGUUGGGAAUGAGACGGAGGUUGAGGCCAUUGUGGAGGAAGAAGGAGGUGGGGUGACGUCGACGACGGUGGACAGCAAUAGUGGGGGGGAGGUGCUGGAUGAGGAUUACGAGGAGAAUGCGACGGUUAUCGAUAAGAGUGUGUUCUACCAUCAUCCGGUGUUUCCGCCGGAUGACUUUGUAACGAUCAAGAUUUUGGAUUUGGAGUUUGAUGAGUCGAACGAGAAGAUGAUCAUUUACUUGGGUACGGAAAUGAAGAAGGACAUCUACUACAUCGUGAAGGUCAACUUUACUGGGAACAUGACCAACGAUAAGGGGUUGUACUGGACGCACUACGAAGAUGGAGAGGGUAGUCACAAGUUCAUAGCGGCGACUGUACUGGAGCCGAAUAACGCACGGAAGCUGUAUCCGUGCAUGGACGAUCACAACUUCCGAUCACCAUUCGAGAUCAACAUAGCAAGAAAGGUGAACAUGAACACAGCUUCCAGUAUGAAAUUCGAGAUGUCUGAACCAAUGGAAAAUGAAGCCGUCGUAGUGGAUACGUACAACACCACGGGCAUGGUCCGGGCAUCUGAAAUCGGGUUCAUCAUCACUGACAUGACCCCGGAACGGUACGAGCUUACGGAAAAGGUCCAUCUUAUCGCGUACACGCGAAAUCGCUACGACAACUACCUGAAGGAGAUCGUAUCGGUAUUCGCUGCCGUUAUGAACGUCUACGAGGACUACAUGCGGAUGAACUUCCCGUACGACAGUAUAAAGUACGUUACGAUCCCAAAUACGGAGAGUUCGGUGCGGGAGAUCAAGGAGGGCAUGAUACUGUCAAGCGAAAAGCGACUGAUCAAGGACGAAACGUACUUCCCAACGCCGGACGGAACGCUGCUGAGGAUCAUCUCCAACGAGCUCGCCAAACUGUGGAUUCACAACUUGGCGGACUACAAGAACAAAGAGAUGCACUGGCUGCACGAGUCAAUACCGCUGUACAUGGAGUCGAUCGCGCUGAGAAAGUUGAACAACAAUUCGUUCGACAUGGACGACUUCCUGCUGGAGGGCAAGCUACGCGCGAUGCAGGAAGAGACCAACGUGAAAACGUCCCCUCUGAACGUCCUCACGAACCCCUGGGAAGAGGACGCCCACUUUGAGCUGGUCCGGUUCAAAGGGUUGAGUCUGCUUCGCAUGAUGAACUACACGCUGGGCGAGGAAACGUUCGACGCGUUUAUUCGGGAGUACUUUUCACGCCGGAUGAACAACGACUCGAUCGACAUCAUCGAGAUCCUGAACAACAACAACCGCCACACGGACGCCACGUUUAACAGCUUUUUGCACAGUUGGACCAACUUUGAGAAGUACCCGAUCAUCGAGAUCGGACGGAACAACUACAGCGGCCAUUUCGAGCUGCGUCAGCGAAUGAUUCCGUUUGAGGAGGAAAUCAGCGAGCAGAUAUGGACCAUUCCGGUGACGUUCAUCAACGAUACCAACAAGCAGCUGUUCAUGGAGAAGGUGCGUUGGUUGGUGGACUCGAACAACCUGCUGACGAUCGAGACUAGUUGCGAAAUGAUUACGAAUAAUACGUGGGUCAUCGUUAACCCCAGUGGCAUUGGCUACUACAGAGUGAACUACGAGGUCGCCCAUUGGACGCGACUGGCGCACGUUUUGAACAGCAACUUCCGAACUCUGCCGUACAGUACGCUGACGACCAUCGUCGACGACGCGCUGAAUCUGGCCCGCCUCGGCCUGCUCGACUACUCGAUCGCGUUCAACGUGAUCUCGUUCCUGCGCAAGAACGACGAACUGUACCAACCGUGGAAGAGUGCCCUGGACAACCUGAAGUUUAUCUACGAAGCCCUGGAGGAUCACCCCAGCUAUGUUCACGUUGAGCACUUUCUCGAAUUUCUCAUAACGAAAAAGUACGAAAACAACUUCACCGAGACGGCCGACUCACGGAACCCGCUGAUCUCGUCCCUGCUGGUCGAGUGGGCCUGCCGUCUGGGCGUGGCCGCCUGCAUCGAGGAUCAGAAGCGCAUGUUCCGCGAGAUUUUCGUCGAAGGCACCUCUUCGCCAUUCCAGUUCUCCGAGGACGACCUGUUCCAGGCGACUUGCGUCGUGGUCAAGUACAGCGGAGUCAACGAGUGGAAGUUGGUUCGCGAGCGGUUCCUCAACUCGGACGAUAUCAACUUGCAGAAAAUUCUGGUGAAGGCACUCGGAUGUACCCGGGAGAUUAGCUUGAUCAAGAAGACGAUCGCAUUGCUGAAAGACCCGUUGUUUAGUCUGUACAACUGUCAGAUAUUGUCCUCGAUCAGCCACAACAAGAUCGCGUUGAAGUACACGCUGGACUAUCUGUUCAACGAGUGGAUUGACGUGCGAUCGUAUCUUUCGCUGCAGGACGUUUCCAUCCUGUUGAGGAAGAUUUCCACCGAGAACGAGUUCGCAAUGUACGAGCAGAUCUUUUUCCGCUACUCGCGUACGUUCCAGACCAUGGACAAGGAGAUUCUGAAGCGCAUGCGGGACACGAUCAUGAAGCUGCUCAGAUGGAAGCGGGAAAUCGGGCCCAAGAUCAACUACCAGCAGUUUAUCUUUGAUGUUUGAUAUUGUGUGAUGCACUCUAGUAAUUUUUAGUUUAGAACAAUUUGUAGAAUCAAUAAAUGUUACCAUUUUACCACA